AUGCACUUCCUCGCUCUCCUCGCUCUACUAGCCGCAUCCGCGUCAGGCCUCGCUUUCCCGGGCGCGGAAGGCUUCGGUCAAAAUGCAGUGGGCGGUCGAGGUGGCACUGUUUACGUUGUUACCAAUCUCAAAGAUUCUGGCCCUGGCUCCCUUCGAGACGCCGUCUCGCAACCGAACCGUAUAGUCGUAUUUUCCGUCGGCGGUCUCAUUACCAUUGCCGACCGCAUGGUGGUUUCGAAACGAGUCACGAUCCUCGGACAGACUGCACCAGGCGACGGAAUAACCGUUUACGGCAAUGGCUGGAGUUUCAGCAACGCCGACGACGCCAUUGUACGCUACAUCCGCAUCCGCAUGGGCAGAAGCGGAACCAGCGGAAAAGACGCAAUCACCAUUGCAGAAGGCCACAACAUGAUCUUUGACCACGUGUCCGUGUCUUGGGGCCGCGACGAAACAUUUUCCAUCAAUGGCAACGAAGUCGGCAACAUCACCAUCCAAAACAGCAUCAUAGCCCAGGGCCUCGAGACACAUUCGUGCGGAGGCUUGAUGCAGACUGCGCUCGGUAAUGGCAUCAGCCUAUUCCGCAACUUGUACAUUCAUAACAAGACGCGCAACCCCAAGGUCAAGGGCACAAACGACUUCACCAAUAACGUGGUGUAUAACUGGGGUGGCGGGGGUGGAUACAUUGCAGGUGACUCGAGUGCGGAGAGCGAAGCGAAUAUCGUGGGCAACUACUUUGUCAGUGGGCCCAGCACAACUUUACCCGCCUUCACGCGGGGCAAUGGCAACUUCAAAGGCUAUGUCCAAGGUAAUUUUUACGAUUCCAACAAGGACGGCGUGCUGAAUGGAGCGGAACCCAGUCUGUCGUCGGCGAACUACGGUGGUAUGAAUAUCCAGAGCGCCAAGUUUGCGUAUCCGGCACCAGUCAAGAUCUUAGCUGCAGCCGAUGCAUUGCAGCUUGCUGCGAAGAGUGCUGGUGCGAGUAGAGUCCGAGAUUCGAUCGAUCAGCGGCUCAUUACUGAGUUGAAGAGCUAUGGCAAGUUGGGAGAGUUGAUCACUGAUGAGAAGGCGGAUCCGAUGGAUGGGCCUGGUACCAUCGACCCUGGGAAGCCAUGGGUGGACGCAAAUGGAAAUGGGAUCCCAGAUGAUGUCGAGGGCAAAUUCAAGGAUGUAGAGGACUGGGCGAAUAGUCUUGUGCCAAGUUCUUACUAG